CAUAGCGCGCGGUCGUAAAUCAGUGAAGUGGGCGCUAAUUGCAAAGAAAAACAAAGUGCGAACGCAAUUAACAUACGUUAUAAAAUUGUUACUUAGUGAAAAGGACAGUGCUUUAAAUAAUGAGCCAAUGGUAUCGCAGUUAUGCGCCCAGCUGGCUGCAGCGCUGGUGGCAUCCGCAGCCUCAGAGCAGACCCAGAUCCUUUAAUCCCUUUCGUCCAGUGACAAACGUUGAAACUGCUGGCAGCGCUGCAGUGUUGGGCGUAAGACGCGUGGAACUCUGCCUCGAGGACAACCAUGCGGAGCACCAUACGAAUCACUUUUAUGCUGCCGCCGCCAAUGAGGCGCUGAUCGUGCGACGUGGCGAGCCCUUCAGACUGCGCAUACAUUUCAACCGCGAGUACAGUCCCAGUAAGGAUGCCAUCAGUUUUAUAUUUAGCGUAGCAGAUGAUGCCAAACCCAGUCCAGGCCAUGGCACAUUGAAUGCGCUGGUGCCACAUGAUGGCAUCGAUUAUCUCGGCGAUGCACUGGAGUGGGGUGCCGGCAUCGAAACUCAUGAGGCCAAUAUGCUAACAGUGUUGAUAAAGCCGCCGGCUACAUGCCCCGUAACCGAAUGGCGACUGGACAUCGACACGAAGCUGCAAGGUGAGGGCUCCAAGAGCUAUCAGCUGCCAUUGCCCAUCUUUGUGCUGUUCAAUCCUUGGUGCAUGGAGGAUCAAGUGUACUUGGCCAAUCGCGAGCAGCGCAAGGAGUAUGUGAUGCAUGAUACGACUUUAAUCUGGCGUGGCAGCUACAAUCGCUUGCGUCCGUCGGUCUGGAAAGUGGGUCAGUUUGAGCGUCAUGUGCUGGAGUGCAGUCUGCGCCUCCUGGGCACAGUGGGACGCAUUCCUCCCGCCUAUCGUGGCGAUCCUGUGCGUGUCGCACGCGCGCUCUCCGCCUUGGUCAACUCUGUGGAUGAUGACGGCGUCUUGCUGGGCAAUUGGACUGAGGAUUUCUCAGGUGGCACUGCACCCACCAAGUGGACUGGCUCACCGGAGAUCUUGCAACAAUUUCAUAAAACACAAAAGUCCGUUAAGUUCGCUCAGUGCUGGAACUUUAGCGGCGUUCUGGCCACCAUUGCUCGUGCUCUGGGCAUACCUUGCCGAAUCAUCACCUGCUACUCCUCCGCGCAUGAUACACAAGCCUCGCUUACCGUGGACGUUUUUAUAGAUGCACAAAAUCGCAAACUGGAUGCAGAGACGACUGAUUCCAUUUGGAAUUACCAUGUGUGGAAUGAGCUGUGGAUGCAGCGUCCGGAUUUGGGCAUUGGACAAUUUGGCGCUUAUGAUGGCUGGCAGGUUGUGGAUGCUACGCCACAGGAGGCUUCGGAUAAUAUGUAUCGCGUGGGUCCUGCUGCUGUGCUGGCGGUCAAACAUGGCGAGAUCCUACGGCCCUUCGACUGCGGCUUUGUCUACUCGGAAGUCAAUGCGGAUAAGCUUUAUUGGCGUUACAAUGGCCCUGCUCAGCCCUUGAAACUGCUGCGCAAGGACACUUUGGCCAUAGGACACUUGAUUAGCACCAAGGCUGUGCUCAAGUGGGAGCGUGAGGAUAUUACAGACAGCUACAAAUAUGCCGAGCGCAGCGAAGAGGAGCGCAGCUAUAUGCUGAAGGCUCUGAAGCAAUCUCGUCAUGCUUUCAGUCGUUACUAUCUCAAUGAUAAUUUCAAUGAGGUGCAAUUCGAACUGCAGCUUAAGGAUGAUAUCAAGGUGGGCGAGAGUUUCUCAGUGGUGCUCCAGGUAAGCAACAAGAGCAAGGAGCGCGUGCAUCAGGCGAGCGGACAACUUAACUGCGACGCUGUCACCUACACCGGCGCCAGCAACCAGGAGGUAAAGAUUAUGAACUUUGACUUGGACUUGAAGCCGGAGUCGACAGAGCAUGUUCGCAUGGAGGUUAGCUUUGAGAAUUACUACGAGAAGCUAUCCUCGCAGGCAGCUUUCCAAAUUUCUGUCAGCUGCACGGUCAAGGACACAGACUAUGAGUAUAUUGCUCAGGAUGAUUUCCGUGUGCGCAAGCCAGACAUAAAAUUCCAUUUUGGCGGUCAGGAGGAAGCUGUGCCAAUGGUAGCACAAAAGGAAGUGGAUGUCAUAGUGCGUCUAGUAAAUCCGCUGCCCAUACCACUGCACAAAGGACUUUUUACUGUGGAGGGCCCAGGCAUAGAGCAACCGCUGAAAUUCAAGAUUGCCGAAACUCCUGUGGGCGGCACUGCUGCUGCCACUUUCAAAUACGUGCCGCCUUACGCCGGACGCGGCACUUUGGUAGCCAAGUUUACAGCCAAGGAACUCGAGGAUGUCGAUGGCUAUAAGCACUACGAGAUUGAGCCACGUCCGGAGGACGUACUGCAGCCCAAUGCCAGUCAUCGUAGUAGCAACAUUAUACGCCGGCGUACAGAUGUUAUAGCGUAAGCUUCACUGCAUGCUUCACUGUGUGCUCUUUGCCAGAAUUUAUAAAUUUAUAUAUUUUUCCAGUCUAAUUUUAAGAACUUUAAGCUUUUUUGUACACACACUUUUAAAAUGGUUUGGCUUUUAAAAGUACUACAAGUAUUGUCGACUAAAAAUGGAAAAAAAAAA